CUGGCUGCCAACCAUCUCCCGUUGCUAGGAUACAGUACAUUCCUCAGUUGCUUAUAAUUCCUGUAACAAGAAGCGUUUGGUGGAAGAUAAACAGAUUUAAACUGCAGUCAGGCGAUUAUUUUCAGUCUCUAAACGAUGAAUUUGAAGUCUUCGCUGCGCUUUUACUUGGUUAAUUUGUGCUUUUAAUCGUUAAAAAGCCGAUUUACGAGCUGCUGGUAGCGGUUAGCUCCUUUAGCUCGGGCUAAAGCUUUGCUAGUUCUGUUAGGUUUGCAUUCAGUUCACCAGGUAACGGUUUGAAGCUGAAGCUGCUGUAACCCAGGUACCACCCGAAACUCCUCAGGCAGCUGUGUCCCAUGGAGCGGACUGACCGGGGAAAGGACCCCCAGCUGCUGAGGAACCAACCCUACGACGAGAGUCUGGACGUGGAGGACGGAGAGGAGGUACCGAGUGUCUACAGCCCGACUCCCCGAGGACAGAGACAGACCGAGUGGAGCAGCAAGAAGGUUCUUGGCAUCAUGUCCACCAGCAGCAGCAGGAACCAGCUGGAUGAGGAGCACAGACCUGUGAGGGGCAGAGAGCUGGCGGGGCUGAAGCCAGGGCCCGGUCUGACCCAGGAGGAAGAGGAGGAGGAGGAAGAAGAGGAGGACUCCGAUGAGGAUGAGUCUGAUGAAGAUGAUGAUGACGAUGAGCCCACUGAAACCCUGGAGGGAGUGUACGACCCUGCAGACUACUCCAACCUGCCGGUUACCACGGAGAUCAGAGAGCUGUUCCAGUACAUCACCCGGUACUCUCCUCAGAACCAGGAACUGGACCUCUGCCUCAAGCCCUUCAUCCCGGACUUCAUCCCAGCUGUAGGAGACAUCGACGCCUUCCUAAAGGUACCGAGGCCGGAUGGGAAACCAGACAACCUGGGUCUACUGGUUCUGGAUGAGCCCAGUGUGAAGCAGUCGGACCCGACGGUUCUGUCUCUGUGGCUGUCGGAGGAAACCAAACAGCACGGAACCACAGAGCUGAAAAAGGUUCCGAGCGUGGCGGGCCCGCGGACCAACCCCCGAGCUGUGGACAGCUGGGUGGACAGCAUCAGCGCGCUGCACCGGUCCAAACCGCCGGCCACCGUGCGUUACAGCAGAACCAUGCCGGACCUGGACAGCCUGAUGCAGGAGUGGCCCCCAGAGGUGGAGGAGCUGCUGGGGGCCCUGCAGCUGCCACCGGCCCGCCUGGCCUGCAGCCUGCCGCAGUACGCCGACCUGGUCUGCAGCCUGCUGGACAUCCCCGUCCAUGGAUCCAGGGUCCAGAGUCUGCACCUGCUCUUCAGCCUCUACCUGGAGUUCAGAGACUCCCAGCACUUCACCAGCCGAGUGUAGGCAGAGGUCAGAGGUCAGGGCCACACCCCCAGCUUAGUGCUGCACUGGUUCUGAUGACUGAGGGGUUCUGGUUUCAGAUUAUUUCUCUGGUUCUGCUGUCAAAUUAAGGGUGAGACCAGGAGAACCAUACAGAACCAACUGGUUCUGGUUGGGUUCAGAGAUGAACCCGUUUAAUCUAAGAGUGAAAAAGUUAUUUUCCACCCAGCAGCUGGUUCUGACUCCCAGAGAGAAACAGUUUAUAAAGUGAAACAUGAACCAUGACCCGCCUGCAGCUGGCGUCUGAGUCUCAGACGUCCCAGUGGCAGCGAAUGCAUCACCUCUUCUAGAGGAAUAUCCAGACCAGAGCAGGUGAUCAGCAUCACCAUGGCAACAGGUUUUACAUUCAGGAAGUUUGACUUCAUUUCCUGAAGCAUUGGAGGAGUGGAACCAGAACCCGGUCAGAACCACCAGCAGGAUGAAGGAGCAGAACCAGAGAAAUCAUCGUGACUCCUGUUGAUAAUUAAAUUUGUUAAAUAAAACAUGAACUCUUAACUAAGGUCGGGUUCUGCAGAGUUCUGUUAAGGACUUCAUGACCUGAUGGAGCAGAGAUGCAGCGCAGUCCUGAAACCCUAAAGGACUUCUGAGUCACACUUUUUAUUUUCCAAAUAAAAUUGCAAAAAUA